UUCUUGAUGUAUAUAAAUACCCGUGAUAUUGUGCUUCUUCUAAAUAUCAUUUCUCAAUAAAAGUUUCAUUAGUAAGCUUUGACCCCACUAGUGAGAUUUUACUGUUGUUUGUUGUUGUUAUCAACUCUCUUUAUAAAUUUAGCCAUGGUGAGCAAGAAGACUAAAGGGCGUCAAAAGAUAGCAAUGAAAAAAAUAGAAAACAAAGACGACCGCUUUGCCACAUUCUCAAAGCGUCGUACGGGCUUAUACAAAAAGGCUGGCAACCUUGUUUCUCAAUGUGAUGUUGACAUUGGAAUCGUACUUUCUUCCCCUACCGGUAAGCCUUUCUCAUUUUUUCACCCUACAAAUGAUGUUGUUAUUGCUCGUUUUCAGAAUCCUGAUAUGCAGUUAAGUGAGAUUAAUCACCUAGUUGCGGCUCAUGCUCGAAACAAAGUGAACCAUCUCAGUAGUAGGCUUGAAGAGUUUGAUACAAGAGAAGACGCUGCAACUGCUCAAACACGUUUCUAUGACAAGAUGAUAGAAACUAGAGAGAGUGGUUGGUGGGAGUCAAUUGAGCAGCUCAAUGCAGAUGAAAUGACAAAGUUUGAAGCGUGGUUAGACAAUGCUAUGUUUAAUUUGAACAAUCAUUUGAAUCAGUUGGAAGUUGGAGCUUCAUCCUCGUCACCAAACUACUUCUAAAGAUGCCGACAACGCACAAAAUUAAACUAGAAAGUUCAAAUUCAUAUUAUUGGGAUGUGGUUUUAUUUUAUUUCGACAAUGCUA